AAGAAAUUCAAGGAGUUAAAACCACUAGCAGACCGGCACUGGCGGGGUAGUAGUAGUGGAGUACCAUCAUCUGGUCAACAACAUCAAAGCGAGACUGCGAACAAUACUGCUUCUUCUUCCACAGCUAGUGAAAACAAUAAGACCGCCAACAAACAAAAUCUGGACAGUCUCGAGCUCGGCACACUGAAACUAGAGUUGAAGCUAUCCAAGAGAAAAACGUUGUAGGUGUAACUUUUUUGGAGGAACAGCAUCACAAAUUUGUCUGGCAUGACAGCAAAGACCUGUCCUGCGCAGAUAGUAAGUGAAAACGCUCUUCAAUGGACCCCACGACGCAUGCCAAGCAUGACAGACGCAAUCAUCUUGCAUGUUGCGCAUCACAAAUUUACACGAACAACGUCUUUUUCUUGAAUAGGAGCGGCUGCAGCAAGACUGUUCCACCGUGGUGGAUUUGAUUCAGGUGCUGGACGCGGGUCAGAAUUUACGCCGGUGGGUAUUGAGAGGAAAAAUCCCCCCUCUCCAUAUCGAAAUGGAAAUCUGUGAUGCGGGAUUUGUGUACACAAAUCGACUUGUAAUGCUAGAACGCCGAGAGACGCAGCUGUGGCCUCGUUUGCAGGCAAUUUGUCGUGCUGUUUCCCACUUCCAGCUGCCCCCUGUCAUGCUGAAGAUGCAAGGCUUUCCCACGCCAACCAGCACUACAGUCCGCAUCUUUUCCCUUCUAGCAUGACAAACGUGGCCACAAAUCUGCAUCACAAGUUUCUAGUUUGAGUAUGGGGCGGUGGGGGGAUUUUCCCUUUUGAUAGUGGGCUGAAGCGCACAUGUUGAUGAUCUCCGUUUUGGCCAAAAGAUUUCACGCGCAAUUGGAACAACAACAGCAACAGUAUCAAAGAAAAAAAGUUCGUCACGAUCACUCAUGCGCAUUUUUGCAAUACAAAAGUGUUUGUCAUGCGUAAAAAUGCAUCACAGCCCAACUUCAUUAGGGAUUUCCCUAGUGUUUCUGCAGUACAAGGAAAAUGUGUGAUGCUAAGAAAAUUUGUAAUGCAAAACCUGCAAGUUAGUGACUGUGACAAACUUUUUUCUCUCCAUAUGCAGCAGGCGUUGU